UUAAAUGCCUCCUGUGCAGAACAGUGGAGUAGACUGAGUACUCGACUGUACCCGGGACAAUGUCCCGAUAGCGCUGUAACUCAGCGUCUAUGCUACUCAAACCGAUACAAAAGCAUCAGUAUUGAUCCACUUGGGUAAACAUAUUUAUAAUUCCCGCCGGUGUCAAACUGGUGAAUCUGUAGAUCACUAUAGAGGCAGCUGACUGACUUCACAUCCUCGCUGGAGCUAUCAGUACCGGGCGUUGGACGUUACUCGGUCCGGGACUGUAGCCCACCAUGUUCCGUGGUGUGCGUCUGUGAGACUGUUCCGAAUGUGCUUUAUCGACGACCAUUUGAAUGUUUAACAAUUUGCCAACGAUUUAAGUAAGUUGGAAUAGUUUUACUACGGCUGCUACGUGAGAGUCAUUCGCAUGAAACACGCGGGAAGGAACGGCUGUGGUAACUGCAUUGGUCGAGGAUAGAAGGACAUUUUAACAUGAUAUGUUGCUGUUGCUGAGGCGGUGACGCCGAUGUUGUCAACGUUUCUGCGAUGUGUCUUUGUCACGGGUACGACUAAACUGACGUAUAAUUGAAAGAACGUAAAUUAAUCUAUUCCUAUCAAUAGAUCAGAAAUAUUUCUCUUCGACAUGGCCUUCGCAUGGUGAUUAUAUUAGCUACCUUGAGUGUAAUGGUAGAUACUCUGUGACGUCUCCGCCAAGUGUUGUUACUGUCGGCGCCAGGAAGCAGCAUCAUGGGCAAGUUACAGGAGUUCUGUAUACGACUUGACAACUCGAGGACUGUGUACACGUCGGGGGAGGUGGUGUCGGGCGUGGUCGUCGUCACCAUCAGCGAGCCCAUGAAAAUGAGAGGGAUACGAGUGACCUUUCAAGGGAAGGCAGGGGUCAACUGGAAGGAGACGGCCAAUCAGGACGACGACGACAGUAAGAAGACCGUCGUGGUCCACUUCAACGCAGAGGAGAUCUACAUCAACCACAGGAAGCUGCUCUGGGGGGAAGAUUCUGACAAGGACUUCUCGGCACAUCUCCCCGCCGGACAUUACGAGUUCCCGUUCAGUGUCCCCCUUCCUAAAAACCUCCCAUGUUCCUUUGAGGGAGAUCAUGGCUGCGUCAACUACAAGGUCAAGGCCACAAUAGACAAGCCGUGGAAGAGAGACCACAACGUCAAGAUAUUCUUCACCGUCCUCGGCAUGUACGACCUCAACGACGACCCCCACGCCAGCGAGCCCAUCGUUCACACUGCGGAACAGACGGUGUGUUGCGGGUGCUGCAGGGCCGGCUACUUCUCGCUCAACUACCACAUCGACCGCCGCGGCUUCGUCCCCGGAGAGGAGAUCCCCCUCACAGUGGAGGUGAAGAACAAGUCGAACAGCAGACUCCUGUCAGAGGUCAAGUUCAAAAUGGUGACGACGUAUUUCGCCCACGAUGACUCCAAGAAACAGGAGGAAGAACUGGACAGGUUCGACAUGGACCCGGUGACCGCCCACAGCUCGGGGGUGCUGAAGACCACGGUAGACAUCCCACCUACACCACCCUCUCAUCUCAUGGGCUGCAACAUCAUCGACGUGGACUACAUCAUCAGGUUGAAAAUAGUCCCUGACGGCUGCAACUGUGACAGCAUCGAGUUCCACGACGAGAUCCUCAUCGGCACAAUCCCACUACGACACGUGGUGGUCCGGAUGUUGGGUGGAGAAGGAUUAUUCAACCUUACUGGUGGCCGGGAGCAAAACGAUAUCCCCUCACCGGGCGCCACGCCCUUUCCAUGUAACGGCACAUCGGGGCCGGGAGCCACGCCCAUCCAGGACCCAGGUUCUCUAACUGUGCCAGCAGCAACAUCGAGUCUCGCCAGCAUAGCAAUGCCACCCCCUGUGUAUGCUAAAUGCGUCCACAUCAAGGGUAGCAAGCUUGAUGACGACGACGUAGCGACGUCGGGAGACGCCUUCACGCCUCAGUACACGUUCUACAACUGGAAGCAGCUGAUGGCACGGAUGAAGGAGCAGGCGCAUCAUCCACCACGUGACCAGAUGAUGGAGAGGGACGAGACAGACGGCAAUGUCAACACUCAGGUCGUUAUUGAAAACGGCGCAACACCGGAACCGGAACAGCCUAAGGAUUCUGGGACUACAGAAAGUGACGUAAAUGUUACACUCAACGCGAGACAAGGCACAAACAUGACCGUGAGGUUUGACACUAGUGUCAAUGAACUACACGCAGAUGACGAUGGGAGAGUAUAGGGUGGACACGUUAAGUCUUCCCUGUGACCUAAAGAUGAGGAUGAAAACGACUGAGUAAAAAACGCUCCCCAGUCAACUACCUUAACAAUCAUAGUCCAGUGAUUGUGGUCGUACAACAUGAAGGUCAACACGGUUGAGUUUAUUUCUAUUCUCAUCGGACAGCAUGCAAUAUCAUGUUAUCAGCAGCUGGUUAUGUGUCACAGUUACCCAACGUACGCAACACUUUGUAAUGAAACCAACACACCCAACCUCCAUUCCCACCACCACCACCCCAGUAAAUUACAAGCUUGCAUUCGGAGCUCACAGGAACUGUGAAGAUCUGUGAAGAUCCGGGGUAAAAUCGGUUUUCA